AUGGAGUUAAUCAUGUUUAUGGUGAUGUUAUUAGUGUUGGUUUUAGUUGUUUUACUAGUCCUAUUAAGAACAAAUAAGGCUUCACCAAAAGAAAUGGAAGCAAUUCCAGGAACCUUGGGAUGGCCUAUUAUUGGAGAAAGUCUCUCAUUCAUAUCCGAAUUUUCGAGCCCUGCUGGUAUAUACAGCUUCAUCAACAAGAGACAGAAACUGUAUGGGAAGGUGUUUAAGAGUUAUGUAUUAGGAAGGUAUACGGUAUUCAUGACCGGAAGAGAAGCAAGCAAAAUCUUGUUGACAGGAAAAGAUGGGAUAGUAAGCUUAAACCUUUUCUACACAGGACAGCAAGUACUUGGACCUACUAGUUUGCUCCAACAGACGGGAGAGGCGCACAAAAGACUCCGAAGACUAAUUGCUGAACCACUUUCUGUUGAUGGUUUAAAGAAGUAUUUUCAGUUUAUCAACAGCUUAGCUAUUGAAACAUUGGAUCAGUGGUCUGGAAGAGAAGUUUUGGUUCUUGAAGAGGCUUCCACAUUUACACUCAAGGUGAUAGGCAACAUGAUAAUGAGCUUAGAGCCAACUGGUGAGGAACAGGAGAAAUUUCGAACCAAUUUCAAGAUUAUUUCUGGCUCUUUUGCUUCUUUACCCUUUAAAGUCCCGGGAACUGCCUUUUAUCGUGGCAUUCAGGCUCGUGAUCGAAUGUAUGCUAUGUUAGACUCGAUAAUUGACCAACGGAGGAGUGGGGAAAGCUUAAAACAAGAUUUCUUGCAAUCCCUGGUGAAGAAGCAAGGCAAAGAUGCACCAGUAGGAGAUGAUGAAGACAAACUCACAGAUAAACAACUGAAGGAUAACAUACUGACACUUCUAGUUGCAGGCCAUGAUACUACGACUGCUGCUUUGACAUGGCUCCUCAAAUUUCUUCAAGAAAAUCCUGAUGUAUUGGAACAACUAAGGGAAGAACAUAGAGAAAUCCAAGCUAGAAAACAAGGCACACUAGAACUCACCUGGUCUGAAGUCAAUAAUAUGCCUUACACCGCCAAAGUAAUCAGUGAAACACUUCGAAUGGCCACAAUCCUUCCGUGGUUUUCAAGAAAAGCAGCACAAGAUUUUGAGAUUGAGGGGUGCAAAAUCAAGAAAGGAUGGUCACUUAACUUGGAUGUAGUGUCUAUCCACCGCGACCCCAAAGUAUUUCCUAAUCCUGAGAAGUUUGAUCCUUCUAGAUUUGAUGAUCCUCUAAAACCUUUCAGCUUCCUUGGAUUUGGAAGCGGACCACGCAUGUGUCCUGGAAUCAACUUGGCCAAACUAGAAAUUUCUGUUUUUCUUCAUCAUCUUGUCUGCAGAUACAAAUGGACGCCAUUAGACACAGAUAACUCCGUCCAGCCAACACUUGUCAGGAUGCUGAAGAACAAGUAUCCCGUCAUGGUUGAGACACUUUAG